AGCCUGGCGAGCCGCGCGCGCCGAGGUUCGCUUCCGUGACGCGCCGUGACUUCACCGGAGGCUGGAGGAGGACCCCGACGCACCGCGCAGCUCUCUCGCCGACUCCUUUCGUUCUCUCCGCGGGCGUCGCGCUGCACCAACCCGCCGGGAUGGAGCCAGCGGGCGCGUACGGCGCCGGGAAGGCCGGGAGCGUCGCCUUCGAUCCGGUGGCCUUCUUCACGCACCCCCGCACCGUCCUCAGGCUGCUGUCGUGGGUUUUCUCCAUCGUGGUGUUCAGCUGCAUCGUGAACGAGGGCUACAUCAACAUCGGCAGCGAGCGUCUGCUCUGCGUCUUCAACAACAACGCGGACGCCUGUAACUACGGCAUCACCGUAGGAGUGGCCUGUUUCCUCGGCACCAUCUGCUUCCUCGUCCUGGACGUGUAUUUCCCCUCCAUCAGCAACAUCAAGGACAGAAGACGCGCUGUCCUGCUGGACCUCAUCUUCUCUGGUGUGGCCUGCUUCCUGUGGUUCGUUGGCUUCUGUUUUCUGGCCAAUCAGUGGCAGGCGACAUCUCCAGAUGAGCUGCCAUUGGCCCAGGGUUCUGACGCGGCCAGAGCCACCAUCGCGUUCUGCUUCUUCUCCAUCCUCACCUGGGCUGUGCUGACGCUGAGCGCCCUGCGGCGCUUCCUCACUGGCAGCAAGACCAACCUGUUCACAUGGCAACACCUGGAGCCUGUGCCCAGCAACGCUCGCGCUACACCGUACCCCAUCCCCAACGGCGCUACCAUAGUAACCACCAACCCCUAUCAAGCCCCGCCCUUCACUGAGACCCUGGACCCCCAGAAACUCACACAGCAGAGACCCAUUGCUCCAGCGUUCUAGAGCCAGACGGACAGAACCGAAGGACGGGAGGAGGAAGAGGAGGAGGAGGAGGAGUCCGACGUCUGGCUCUGAUGACCUCCUCCCUCACUGUUCAGCAGCUGUCCGUCGUCUAUUGGGUGGGGUGUGGGGGGUGUGGGGGGGUUCUGGCGGGAUUUGGGGUCAUGUGACGUACGAUCUCUUUUCACCAUGGCAACUGCUGGCUCAGCUUAGUUCGUUGUAACUCUGUGUCCUCUGUUCAUGCACACACGGAUAUGGACGCACGUGAAAACAGCUGUAUCCCCUCGCACCUGGAGACACGUGUACAUACACCUGGGAGACACGCGCACACCUUAACUGCAUGUUCAUAUGGUGGAGUGCAGGUCACCAUAGCUGUAGAGCAGUGAUGCCGCUCCAUCUGCCUUAUUACGUAUGUUAGGUCCUUACUGUAGGGAAGGAGACGAGGAGGCCAGUGAUGCUGCAUAGCUCAUUUUAUCUGCUUCCAUUUGUCCUCAGUCAAUCUGACAAGUCUCAACCAGCGGUGCAGGCACGGAGCCUCCCAUUGGCCGAAGUCCAGACAGACAGGCAGCUUAACCAAUGGGUCGUGAGUAAAUGGGACGGAGGCAUAUCUUGUGGUGUAGAUACAACUUCAACUGGCGGUGAGAACAGAGGAAGGGCAGUUAAUGCAUUCUGAACGCUAUAGUGUUUCAGUGUGAAUUAUUUACGUGAUUCAAUAUUUUAUUGUGAUAUGCUGAAGUAAUAAAAUAUGAAAAAUAAACCUUAUUCACCACCACA